AAUUGCUAUGCUUUUUCGUUUUCUUACAGAAGAAGAAAUGAAAUAAACCAAAAAAAAGCCCCCAAUUCCCAUAAACAGCUCGUCGUCACCACAGACUCCAACGAAGGCUUCUCAAAGCCAAAACCCCCAAAUUAGACUUCGAAGAUUGCUUUCUUUCAAUUCUCUGGGCAUAAAAGGAAAUGACAGGAUAUGCCCGAGGUAUAAGGGCCCUGGAUGUGGUAAUGUUGAAGGAAUAAGUGAUAAUUUUGCAGUGGUGUCAUCCGUAGAUAUUAAUCCAUCACAGAGACCUACGCUUGAUCAAGCAUCUCAGCCACAAGCACAACCAAUAGGGAUUCCUGAAGCAAGAAAUGAUAGGAUUUGCACGAGGUAGCGGUCGGCGAGGUAGAAAGAGCCGUGGACGUGGUAAUGUUGAAGGAAUACGUGAUAAUUUUGUGGUGGUGUCAUCCGUGAAUAUUAAUCUACCACAGGGACCUACGAUUGAUCAAGCAUCUCAACCACAGGCACAACCAAUAGGGAUUCCUGAAGCAAGUCAGCGAACUUCUCUAGAAUUGAGGAGCCCUGAAACAAGUCAAGGACCGUCUUCAGGGUCAGAAUUCUCAAGGAAUCUGGAAGGGAGUGUACAUCCUUCUUCAGAAAAUUUAAAUAGCGGUGCAGUUUCUUUCAGCAAUACUAAGAAAGGCAGGGGAAAAUAUAGAUCCAUACACGUGGAUAUGAAAACUCAGUGUGGUAGCAAAAUCACAGUUUACAUUCCGGAUGACAUCGAUAGAGCUGUGGGUCCCGGGGCUAGGGAUAUCGUUAAUUAUUGUGGCUUGAUCAUGAGGAGCACUAUCUCAUUCAGAGAUGGUGAGUGGGCAAAAGUUUUUGCAAGGCAUGGACAAGCGAUGUGGCUGAAGGUUCAGGAGAAAUUUGAAGUUGGUGGCGGUAGGGGAGAGCAUGUGUUGCAAGGUUUUGUAGCCAGCACUAUGCAAAGGCUUUUUAGAACGUGGAAGACUCGGUUGCAUGCUGAAUACUCACGUUAUAAUACUGAUGAGGAGAGACUGUCCCAUCCGCCAAAAGAUGUUAUGCCUGAGGAUUGGGAAUUUCUGGUACAAUAUUUUGGAAGUCCGACAUUCAAGGCUGUAAGCGAGAGAAACAAAACAAACAGGAAAAAGCAAACAACUAAGCAUUCAUGUGGCUCAAAGUCUUUUGCAGAAGUAGAGGAAUCUACGAGGGAUCCUCUUACUGGAGAAAAGGCACCACCAGAUCGUGUCUGGGAGCUCCAACAUACACGUAAGAAUGAUAAAGGAGAACUGCUGUGGUCAGAUCCACGAUCUCAACAAAUUUAUGACCAGAUCCAGGAACUUGUGGGUCAGCAAGAAUAUGAAGAAAACAAGAGUCCAAUGAAUGGAGAUGAGAUUUUAGCCAUUGUACUUGGCGAGAGAACAGGCUAUGUUCGUGGAAAAGGUUAUGGAAAGAAGCCUCUCACAAAGAGCCGCAUGCAACUGGCAGACUUAGGGUCCCUGUCUUCUGCAAUAGAAAGUGUGCGUCAUGAGAUGCAAGCUGACAUGGAGCGAAAGUUGCAAGAAGAACGUGAACAAAUGCGAGCUGAAAUGGACAAAAGGUUUCAAGAGCAGAUGGAAGAGGUGCGUAGACAAAUGCGAAUAGAAAUGGACAAAAGGAUCCAAGAUAAGAUGGAGAUGGCUGCUCUAAUUGUCAGAAUGCAACAGGUAUGGUUAGAAACAAGAACACGCAUCUGUGACUCAUGGAUUGGAAACACCACUGAUCUUGGUGUAUGCCAGGUUGCCAGUAUGAAAUAUAAGAGCUAUUGGGAACUCAUGGUUUGACAAUGCCAUUAAUCUUGGUGUAUCCCAGGUUGCCAGUAUUAAUCUGGGCUGGAACUUCUAUCGUCGGCCCAGUAGUUGCCAAUCUAGUUUGCUAUGUGAUCAUUGGAGCAAUACUACUUUGCUUGUUAUUUGUGUAUAUUUUUUCAUUUGCUGAUUAGCCCUUCCAAUAUGUUUUCUCUUUCUUUCUGUUUUCUGUUUUUCUAUUUUCUUUUUCUAUGUUAAACAAUGAACACAAAUGAUCACUUCUGAAAUAGGGAAGAUCGUUGAUUUCUUUUUA